AUACAAAUGGUUUGACAACUUCUAAACAAAAAGAAGCUAAUGACAAAAUUAAAGGUGUAAAUGAAAGACAAGAGACAAGUAUUCCUUUGAUUAAAGAUGUGACAGAUACAAAAACAAUUGAUGAUAUUAAGGGCUA